AGCCAUGGUGACUUGUCUAUAAGGUUGCAGCUUAAGCCAACUGUGGAGGUGGAUACCCAUACAGGGCCUGGAAGGGAGACAUUCUCAAUGAGCAGUGGUAGUUGGUGUUAUACUAGUGUUCUGCCAAGAACGGAGAGGGCAUAUACAUCUGCAAAAAUGGUGGUUAGGCUGAGAUUGUCGAGGUUCGGGUGCAAGAACAAGCCAUUCUACAGAGUGAUGGCUGCCGACGGCAGAUCUCCCAGAGACGGCAAGCAUUUGGAAGUCCUCGGUUACUAUAACCCCCUACCAGGUCAAGAUGGUGGGAAACAAAUGGGUCUUAAUUUUGAACGGGUGAAAUACUGGCUAUCAGUUGGUGCACAGCCAUCGGAUCCAGUUGAGCGUCUUCUCUUUAGAGCAGGCUUGUUGCCACCACCACCAAUGAUGGCCAUGGGACGAAAAGGUGGACCGCGAGACAAUCGUCAGGUUGAUCCUAUGACGGGGCAUGUCACAUUUCAGAACUCUAAAAAUGAUCAAAAAGCUUAGCUUCCCAUGUAGCGAAUGAAGGUCUGUAAUCUAUUCCUGAAAAUCAAAGUAUUGGACUAUCCUAAAAGAUGUACUUCUCUUUUUAGAAUUCAAUUCCAGCUAGUGAAUAUCAUUUUUCACCCUUUUGGUGUUUGUUUUCCUCUUCUUUUCUCAUUUUGAAUACAAAAUCUGCAAUACUGUGAUGAGUUUUCAUUUGAAGCAGGGAUUGAUGUCUUCCCUACAUUUUAGCAGAAGUUAAUGUUAUUGCAUUCUUGCAUUUACAGCUUAUUGC